AUGGAAGUCAAUGGAGAUGCCGAUUUCAGUUCGGAAGAUGAGGCUGACGACUUAAAGUAUUCGUGUAUGGAUGGGUACGUGCCAUUAUGUCAAGAUGAAGAAGGUGAAGGUGUUGGAGAACAACAACUUACAAUCUCUUCCACUGUUGAUGACGAAGAUGAGGAUGAAAAUAUGGAUGACGACGACGAUGCAUAUGAUGAUGAUGACGACACUGUAGAUGAUGGUCCUAAUGACUGCAGUGUUCGAGAUGAGCUUAACGAUACUGCUGAAGCAAAUGGCGCGUGUACAGCAGUACAUGUAGAAGCAGAAUCAUCACAGUCUAACUCGAAGAGUGAAAAGGAGGAUGAGAAAGAGGAGGCAAUGUCUCAGGCUCAGGCUGAUUUGAUACGAAGUACAAUGGCCAGAUUUACCUUGCCUCCCUCUGUAACUCCUGACUGGGCAAAAUUGAUACCAGAAGAGGUGUGGAAAUCACAACUGCAGUCAGGUCUUACCAACAGACGAGUUCCCGUAAUGCAUAAGGCAAAGAAGAGUAGAGAGAAAACUGACCGGAGUUAACUUGUGCUUCAGUAGAUUACUUGGCUUCUAUGAGGCAAUGUAUCUAAAAUAUGAUUUGUGGUGUUUUAAUUAAUUAAAGCGAUAUGAGACAGACAA